GAACAACAAAUUCUCCAUCAUUUUGAAGAAGAACAGAUUAUUGAUUGUAUGGCAAAUAGUAAUAACGAUAGUGAUAAAAACAAGACGACAACUAAAACAACAGAAAGUCCGAAUGGUAAUGCUACAAGUCCAAGGAUAAAGCAAUCUUCUUUGAGUAACAUCAAUUCGGAUGCUACUGGAAAGGAAGAACUUCAUGUAAGCUUUAACUUGAGUAAUAUUUCGAGUACGAGUACGAAUGGUUUUGGUAAUGGUAGUAGGGAGAAUUCAUUUAGAAUUGUUAAACCAAAUCAAAGACUAGGUGAUGGCAAUGAGGAAAUCAUUGAAUUGGCAGAUGCAGUAAUAUUGCAAAAUGAUGAGGAAGAAUUAAUGAUUGACGAAUCGAGUCCUGAGAAUAGAAAUUCAAUGGAAUGGUCUGGUAGUUUGGCAGAAGAUGGCGAACAAGCAGAAUUGUUUCGAGAAUUGAAACAAGACAGAAAAGAAAGAAAGAAUCAAGAACAGUGGAAAUGGUUGUGGAACAUGAUUAAGGAAACUGUCACUGUAUUUCUUCCUUUGGGAUUGACAACUUUUGUUGGUGGUAUUCAAAUAGUUCAAAAGAAAUUUGUAGAUAAGAAGAAAUGGUUGACUGAGGCAGAAUUUAUGGAGAUUUAUGCUCUUUCUCAAAGCUUACCUGGUGCCAUUAUUAGUCAAGUAGUAUUUUCGAUAGCCAUGUUAAGACAUGGUUUUUGGUCUGGCUUUUUAGCCAAUCUACUCUUUUGUGGACCUGGUUUUAUUGCCAAUUUGCUUUUUGGUUGGCUGAUGGCUGACAUUAGUAUUGAUGAUAACUCGCCGAGAUGGGUUCUCAACUUGCAAAACGGUUUGGCUUGUUCAGGUAUUGCAUUUGCUGUGAGCUCAGCGUUCAGAAUGGCCUCAAUGUUAAAUAAGAGCAAAAGUAGAGCAUUUUCAUUUAUAUUGGCAGGAUUUGUUGCCAUGUUGACAAUGGUUGCCAAACCAAUGUGGAUCUUACCAAUUCUCAUAUUUGGAGGUGCUUUUGUUAGUUACUUCUUCUCCCUCAUUUAUGAUCGUAUUAUGAGCAGAAUAGACAAGUAUGAAAUUAGAAAGCAAGCUGCUCAAAAGAAGGAUAACGAAGAAGACGAGGAAGAAACCUCGCUGACCAUCAAACAAAAGAUUAUCUUUGUUUACUUAUUCUUCAAGAGCUUUUUCAAAAAGCUUCCUGUUGAACCAGCUCAACAAGAUAACCAAGAACCUCAAGCAGAAACCCAAACAGUAGUGGAAGAAACUCAAGAGAAACGAAAACCAAAGGACAAGUUUUCUAAAAAUGUUAGAACUCACUCACCUCUUUGGUUGGGCAUUUCCAUGCUUUUGAUUUUUGCUCUAUUAUUUGUUGUUUUGAUUGUUACCUCAGUAAUUUUCGAAACUUACAAAAAGCCAACCAUAACAAAUGGAGUAGAUGUGUUUAAGGAGACUAUAAUUAUGUCUAAUUUUUUCUACAAGUACGGAACAUUGAUUUUUGGAGGUGGAGUUGGAGGUAUUCCUCUUUUGAGAAAUGAAAUGGUUGAACGAAAGUGGGUAACCGAGCAACAGUUCAUGAAUGGCUUUUCAAUUUCUAAUGCCCUCGUUGGUCCAAAGCAUAGUGUUGCAGCAUUCUAUGGUGCCUGUAUUGGUGCCAAGUUUGCUGAAGCAUUAGUAAAUAGUGGCUCCAAUAGAACUAUCAAUGGAACAUAUCUGAAUGAAACUCUCAUUUUUGGAAAUGAAACAAACUCAAACAACUUUACUAAUCCGAAUCAAAUACGUGUGAAACAACGUUCCAGUGCUCUCUAUUACAUUUUACCGCCACUGUUAGGAGUAAUUGCAGGUUUACUUUUCCAUUUACCUGGAUAUCUGACAAUGGCAGGUUGCCUUCCAUUGUGGAGAAAGAUUAGAGAAAAUAAUGUAAUCAAAUUAUCAUUAAUAGGUGUUAAUGCAGUUUGUGUAGGAUUUGUAGUUUCCAAUUCAAUCUCUAUGUGGAUAGACAAUGUUGGAACCAGUUCAUAUCUGGCUGCUGCCACAAUAUUUUGCUUCUUAAUGAACUUUUUUGAUUUUUCUCCUCCAAUAAUUGUGAUAGCUGGUGCUAUUUUAUCCAUUGUAGCAGGUGAAAUUGGCUUUGCAGUAGGUUGGUAAAAUUAAGAAAAAGCUCUGAAAACUGUUACCAACUAUUUUCUCAAACUCGCAUUAAAAAGAUUCAAUUUACAAAAAGAAAACAAUUAUUGGUAAAUCCGAGAAUUGUAACCC